GAUUUUAGCUCUGAAUCCCGCUUAUUUUAAUUUACAGUCGUAAAGAUAGUAAAGAAAUAUAUAUUUUUUAAAUUCUUUAUCUAGUGCAGCAAUAUUUGUAUAUAUAUAUCACAAAAACAGAUAAAGUGUAGUGUUGAUGCAGGACCUAGUAUUAGAAACGUGAAAUUUGGAGAAAUGUUUUGUAAUAACGUGAAAUUUGAUGUGAUGUGAACAUCCAAUAAAAAGGCAUUUUGAAAAUUUUCAAUCCUGAAGGGGUGAAAUUGGGGUUGAAAGUUUGUAUAGUAAAAUGUAAAUGUUAAAUUUAGACUUUUAAAAAUAUUUCAUCGAGCACGUGUUUCCCGGUUUAUUAGAAUUCACCGCCUAAGUAGCAAAAUAAGGGGUUGAAACUUUUUUUACUCUUUCACGGAAAAUCUACUUGACGGAUUAUUAUGGAAGGUUGUAUACGGGUACCUAGAAUAUAACCUGGAAAAACACAUAGAUAGGGUACUUUUUAUAAUUCCCAAGGGAGCGAAGCCCCGGACGAACCUAGGUAAUUAACAAUAUUUAGCAAAUACUUAUAAAGACGCAGUGUAGAUUAACUCUAUGUUAAGGUAUAAAUUAGAAUAGCAUUUUUGAUCCAAUAUUUAAAGCACAUUACAUAGGUACAUAGGUAAUAUAAAUAGGCAGAAUUCGUCGUAAUGUUGGUUUUCUGGGUAUACUUCAUUUCAACAAACGUUUUCUUGGCAAUUAACAUCACAUAUGUAAGGUAAGGUAAACGUAUUUUUUCGAAGAAAUCCUUUCUUGGGAACUUUAAAUACAAUUCUGGUUGGUGCAGAAUCGCCAUUGUUAUCAAGACCACGCAGUGUGUAGUACAUUUACGUUAAAAUAUUCAUUCAUUUUAAAAUGUACAUGUUUGCAACAGUCACAGUUUUUACAAUAGUUAUCGAUUAUGUAUUAGCUGAGAAUAAUUUAAAUAUAAUGCUGAAUGAUGCUGCGGCAAAUGAACAAACCGCGCCCAAAGACAUCUCGUCGAGUACAACACCAAAACAAAAACCUGCAGAUGUUAUUCCUACCUUGAAUUCGAUGUGGGUGUAUCGGCCAGACUCACAACUUCUUCCGCCUGAUUCUUUUGAGGACGAAAACUCAGCUCGGGACCGUGUGCUGAGACCUGGCGUUUCCGUGACACGGCUUGCUAAAUCUUUGUAUUACGGAUUCGACCCCUAUUUUCACAGAACUUACUUUGAACCCUUUGAGUCGCGAUCAAAGCCCGUCAGACUUGUUGCCUUGAACAGAAAUGGAAAAUUGCCACGGGAGAGACUUCGCAUGGUGGAUCACGAUCCUAAUAUCGCCGAACUCCAAUCACCUUUCAAUGAAAUUAGCAAUUUCUGGUUAGAUGAAAAUCUUAUGCAGCAGUAAACAGCAGCUAUUCUAGAUUGAUGUAUGAUGGAGCUCAUAAAUAUCGAUCAGAAAAAUGACAAGGUUUUACUUUAAGUUAGAUAAGGCAAUUUUACAUUUUGCUGUUAAUAACUCUGUACAUUACAAAUUAGUAGUUAAGUUAAUAACAGUCAUAACUUCUCAAAAAAUGUACUAAUGAUGGUCUUACUUACUAGGUCUUAGUGCAGCAGUCGGCAACCUUUAUAGCGGUCUUAAUGUGGUAAAAUAGAGCUGGAUCACAUUUGUAAUCUUAUGUCUAGAAAUAUAAUCAUUUAUGGUAUUGUGUACAAUUUGUCAUGUCCUAUAAAAUCCAUAAUUACUCACUACACGAGUCGAAUUCUGUUUUCUAAAAUAACUGGAGACUUUUACCCAUGUUAUUGCAUUCCAAUUCCUCCUUUCUAAUUGUACUAGAAUGUUGUUAUAAUAUGUUUCUAAGGCGGGAAAAAACUAAUUUAAUUUUUAAAUUGUGAAAGCAUUGUACACUAUGUAGAUUUAUUUUAGCUCUUACUUAUAUAUUUUUUAUUGAAUAAAACGUAAA